AUCAUUAUGUUCAUCAUGAACGAUGCUGUUAACCAGUCAGUGGUGUUCCCGCUCUGGCAGGGUACGCGGAAAACACACGUGAUAUUUCGGGCAUUCCAAUGUUUCAAGGAGAGGGCAUCAGGGAUCAAAGGGGGGAUAUUAGGGAUCAAGGAGAGGGCAUCAGGGAUCAAAGAGGGGAUAUUAGGAAUCAAGGAGAGGGCAUCAGGGAUCAAAGGAGGGAUACCGGGGAUUAAGGAGAGGGCAUCAGGGAUCAAAGGGGGGAUACCGGGGAUUAAGGAGAGGGCAUCAGGGAUCAAAGGGGGGAUAUUAGGGAUCAAGGAGAGGGCAUCAGGGAUCAAAGAGGGGAUAUUAGGAAUCAAGGAGAGGGCAUCAGGGAUCAAAGGAGGGAUAUUAGGGAUUAAGGAGAGGGCAUCAGGGAUCAAAGGAGGGAUACCGGGGAUUAAGGAGAGGGCAUCAGGGAUCAAAGGGGGGAUACCGGGGAUUAAGGAGAGGGCAUCAGGGAUCAAAGGGGGGAUAUCGGGGAUGAAGGAGAGGGCAUCAGGGAUCAUAGGGGGGAUAUUAGGAAUCAAGGAGAGGGCAUCAGGGAUCAUAGGGGGGAUAUUAGGAAUCAAGGAGAGGACAUCAGGGAUCAAAGGGGAGAUAUUAGGUAUAAAGGAGAGGGCAUAA